AAGAAGGGGUGACAACAGAGACGCGACGCCAGGGACACCUGACAGGCCCUCAAUCAUGAUUCUACUUCUCAUCACCAUACUGCUGGCCUCAGACAAUGUAGCUUCAUCAAGGAGGGACAUAAAUACUGGCCAGGAUGAUGGUGAUAAUCAACAGCCAGGAUCUGCACCUGACAACUUCCCAGAUCUAUCCAGCACCAUGUGGGCUCCUCCACAAAGACCCAGCGGUCUUAGCAGUCUCUCCUCCUCUGUGCCACGUCAGUUCCAUGUGGUGAAGGAAGAGAAGAACUGGACACAAGCUCGGCAGUACUGCAGAGAGGAGUUCACUGACCUCGCCACCAUAGACGACAUGACAGAGAUGGAGAAGGUGAAGAACAUGACCCAGGAAGCAGAUGUUGGUACUGGCGUGUGGAUUGGGCUGAAGAACGGAUGCAGUCCUAAGGGGCAGUGGUCUCUGGCUGACAGGGAUUUCUACAGAGAGAACAAAACAGAGUUCAGAAACUGGGAUAAAGAGAAACGCCAACCAAAUGAAAAAUAUGAACAUGAAGUAUGUGUGUUUAUGAAUCAUGAGGGAUUAUGGCAUGAUGCUAAUUGUAGCAACAGCAACUAUUUCAUCUGCUAUAAUGGGACAAACUCCACGCAGCCUUAUCAGCUGGUUACUAAGAGGAUGAACUGGACAGAUGCUCAGAGAUACUGCAGAAAGAACCACACGGAUCUGGUCAGUGUGAGGAAUGAGACAGAGAAUGACCAGAUCAAGACAGCUAAUCAACAAAGCAGUGUCUGGAUCGGCCUAUUCAGGGAUGCCUGGGAGUGGUCAGAUGGCAGCAGCUCCUCAUUCCGCCACUGGAAGACUGGAGAACCCAAUUAUGGCACCGACUCCGAGGAAGAGUUCUGUGCUGAAAUUCAACAUAGUUCCUAUGAUUUGUGGAACGACGCAGGCUGUGAGUCUUCCAAACCCUUCAUCUGCUAUGAAGACGAGUUGGUUCUGGUCCGUGAGAAUAAGACCUGGAGAGAGGCGCUGCAGUACUGCCGAGAGCACCAUGUGGACCUGGUGUCUGUGACGUCCAAGCGGGUCCAGCGCUGGGUGAAUGAGCGGGCUAAAGGAGCCUCCACUGCUCACGUGUGGGUGGGCCUGCUCCACUCCUACGGCGUGGGCUGGUACUGGGUCUGUGGACAAACGGUCUGUUACAGCAACUGGACCCAAGGGCACGGCCAAGAGGGGUCCUUCCAAGGAGUGGGAGCAGUGUCUAGAGACGGUCUGUGGGUCAGCAGCAACUUGACUAAGACAGACAGACUUAACUUCAUCUGCACCAAAAUGGAGCAGUGUGACUGAAUCCUCCCCAGUCCAGAGCAGCCUUGCUGAAACUCCUUCAGCUCCCAUUCAUGCUCAUCGCUCAUUUAAUCAUACGCAGCUACACAACUAACUGCCACACUAUAUGUAUACAUUACUAUGACCAUUAUCUCCUCUUUCAGUGUGCUAAUUAGUUAAGAAAUUCAUGUUGUUUUAAUACUACGGCUUUAAUGUUCGCAAUGAGGUAAUGUUUUGAUAGGACAAAAGUACAGAGGUUGAAAAACUCCAGGUUCAGAAAGUAAAAGUCCAAUCAUGUAUUCGUGGGUUUCAUCAGGUCCCUUUCCACAGGUGUAUAAAAUCAAGCAGACUGCAUGGUGCUUGAUGAAUACACCUGUGCAAAGGGACCUGAUGAAACCCAUGAAUACUUCUUCUUCUUCUGUAGUAUUGGGCGGCUGGACAUGCCGGAGGACACCCAGCAACGCUUCGUCUGACAUCACCGUGAAAAGGGCUAAUCGGUUCUACCUGUAGACUUAACACAGGUGAUCUCGUCAAUUAGCUGCUCUACCUGGCUGAAGAGUUGUGCUAAUUCGAAUCAGCUGGUUUAAGUGAAUGGUUGGCACAGAUACUGUAUGUGGUACUUUUACUUUCUGAAACUGGGCUUUUCCACCUCUGACCACUAUAUACUGUAUACUGUAUGUUACUAUGACCAUUAUGUCUCUUUCAGUGUGCUAAUUAGUCAAGAAAUUUAAAUAGUUUAAUACUACAAUUUUAUUGUGUUUAUUUGUUCACAAUGAUGUAAUGUUUUGACAAAAAGUACAGUGUGUAAUUCUGUGCCGAAUGUUUGCUGUUCCUGACAUGACUAUCACUGAUUAGUGUAUUA